AUGUGGAACUGCACCAAUCACAGCAAGGCCCCACCAGUUCAUUCGCCCGUCGCUCCCGUCUGCUCCAAGGAUAACUUCACCACCAGCACCACAUCAUCUUCGUCAUCAUCAUCAUCAUCGUCAUUUCUGGUCGACGACAGGUUCCGGUCGACGCUGUCCCCCACUGCCGACAUUUUGGUUGGGUGCUAUCUCAUCAUUGUGG